UUUUCGUCACAAAACGUUUAUUAUGAUCUGUACAGUGUGCACCAAAUGAAUCUGUUAUGAUCACUUGGUCUAUUCACCUGACAUUUCAUGAAAAGUUUACCGUGUAUGAUUAAGUGUAGGUAAACCCCAAUAUCCCUUAAUCGUCUUUAAUAAGUGUUUUGUCGGCCAGAAGACAGAGAGACCAACAAUACCAGCAAUAUAUUCAAAUACUGUCUGCGCGGUACAAGGAAUUUUAAGGUGGAAUGUAGGCCUAAUCUUAGCCUACGAAGCCGAUAGUGCAGAUCUAGACCCCAUCGUCUAAACUCGAUGUGCAUUCCAGGCUGAGCUACCGCAGUUGAGUGAGGAGGAUGCGUUACCGACAGAGGGGGGGAGGUCAGCUGGGUCUGAUCCUCCUGGCCUCCCAGGUCUUCCAUGUGGGGGUGGAGAACAUUCCCCCUGUGACGCUGGCUGUAUUGGGCCUUAACGUCUACCUCUUUCUGGUACCCAGCUUACCCCUCCUCCAGGCCUGCAUCAGCGUCCAGCAGGCCUACUGGCGUGGUGACUGGCGCCGCCUCGUGCUGUCGCCGCUGCACCACCUAGACGACUGGCACCUGUACUUCAACAUGGCAUCCUUCCUGUGGAAGGGCGUCAAGUUGGAGCCCCGGCUAGGCAGCAGCUUCUACGCCUGGCUUCUGACUGUUUUCUCCCUGCUGACGGGCGUGAUUUAUCUGCUGCUGGAGAUGGUGCUCUCGGAGAUCACCCAGGACCCCUCUUACAGCUUAGAGUGUGCAGUCGGCUUCUCAGGAGUGCUUUUCGCUCUGAAAGUGCUGAGUAACCACUACCACCCGGGAGGUGUCUCCUACGUGAUGGGCGUCCCAGUGGCCAAUCGCUACGCCAGCUGGGUUGAGCUGGUGCUGAUUCAUGUAACGUCACCGGGGACCUCCUUUGUGGGACACCUGGCAGGCAUCCUGGUGGGGCUUCUCUACACCGCUGGUCCUUUGAAGAUCAUCAUGAGAACAAUUGCAGGAUUUGUGAUGAAUGGAUACCAUGCCAGACAAAAUCCAUAUUAUAACUCUUCAGGAUACAGUGGCAGUAGUGGAGGACACCGUGCGCAACCCCAGAAUGUUCACCCUUACACUGGAGGUCUAUCAGAGGAUGAGCAGUACGAGGCAGCCAUCAGAGCCAGUCUCAAUGGCAGAGGGGGCUCCACUCAGAGAAGACCAACCUCGCAUGGUUUCAACAUUCCAGGAGAACUGACAGCAGAGGAGAUCAGGAGGCGGCGGCUCCAGAGGAUUGACCACUUUGACUGACCAAGCUGGACUAUUGGUUCAUUGGAGGAUAAAAAUAUCUUUCCUCAAGGAAUACCACACUGAAAAACUAUAGUAUUUUGUCCAUCAGUCCACUGUUAAAGGUAGAAUCAGUGAAAAGUUGCACAAGCAGUACUUCAGAUAUUGCGAUGAGCAAGAUGCAAGAUUUCGCUCUCACCCAGUCACACACAGUAUCUGCGCAUGUGCACGGGUUCGCUUAACGCUCUUACAAAGUGGUAGCCAAGGGACCAGAACAGAAGAAGUUUAAUGCACCCCAACUCUCAUAGUUGUUGGGGUGCAUUUUAAUUUGCCAUUUUAUAAUUGAAAAAUAUUUGAAAUUAAUAUUUGAAAACGUAUAAAUAUUAUGCAUUGAAAAUAGCCAAAUGUAUCCAAAUCACAUUUUAGUAACUACAUUGAUUUGACAUGUUCACUUUGUAGUGUCAACUUUAUUGAAUGGGUGCCAAUGACUUGUGCUAUCGAUCCCCCACGGUUGGCGUGCCAUUGAGCUCUUACCGUAUGUAUUGGGCUACUAUUGAAUUAUUUUCAACUAUCAAUUAAGAUUUUUAGUCCUGUAGUAUUUGGAUGUAAUAAUAUGAUGACCAAAUAUACUGUUUCUGUCUCUUGGCAAAUAUGAAACAGCAAUUUUAGAGAUCUGGGAACUAAAGUCUUACAAUUGACAUCAGGUCAGACAAUCACACAGACAUGACACUUGGAAAUUAGAUGCAUUUAUUUUUUACCUUUUAAACAGUCCACAUAAUGCUUUUAAGACUACUGGUUGCUUAGAGGAGUGUGUGUGUUAGUGAAAGGCUUAUCCUAUAAGGAUCAAGUGUGCUGACAUAAAUCGUACCAAAUGUUUUAAGAAGAGGAUUGUCUUCGGGGUGGCUCAGCCUCUGUGUUUGCGUGUGUCGGUGUCAGUGAUGUUGAGUUACUAUGUUUAACCUCUGAUAUGCCUCUAACGUUACAGGAGAAGCCACACAUUGAGAAAGGGGAGGGGUUUGGAGAAGAACGAUCCCUCCCUUUCCAGAACCGAAGUCAGUCAGUCAGUCAACAACUCAGAGCCACUUCUGUCAGUGUUUUUCCCAUCUACAUAUUUACACCCACAGCGAUCUCAUUGGGACAGAGGGUCUCAUUAUGUUAAUCACAUGGAAUGACUCAGGGGAAGCGGGUAUAUUCAGUAAUGUAAAAUGUUGCAGAUAGAAAUAGAAUGGAGUUGAAACAACUCUCUAUUCAAUCUGACAGACAAAUCACUUUUCUGUGACGUUACAUCCUCCUGAGAGUGGCUUCCACUGCGAAACUCUCUCUAUAGUCCAACAGUACAGAAAAUGUGAAUUCAGCCCUGUUUAUAUGGGGCCUUUAACAAUAGUUAUGUUCUGUUGCCCUAUGACUUUGGUCAUCUUUUGAGACAUUACAUUUAAAAGAAGACACUCGGUGACCACAAUAUUCUCAUUGACCUAAAAAUGACCUUAGGGUCCAAAUUUAACCAGACAGCAAGGGUAUGUUUGCACUGAGAAAUUGAGAAUGUUGAUGUAUGGUAGGAUAAAAAAACUAUCUCAAGACAUGUUACCCUUUUUCAUCACCAUAACGAACAUGAGAUUAAACAAUCUCGCACUGCAAGAGUCUGAUGGGGUGGUGGUACAGGUUUUUGUUCCAGCACAGCAGCAUCACAU